AAAAGUGAAGAACAAAAUUCUUAAGAUAUGUGAUGCUUUUGGAGCAAAUCGCUACUCUUUUCCUGAAGACCUUGGAAAACAAGCUCAAAUGAUCACUGAGGUUUCAGGAAGACUGUCAGAGCUAAACACCACAAUAGAUGUUGGACUGUUGCACCGUGGCAAUUUGUUACAGACCAUAGGCGAUCAAUUUGAGCAGUGGAACCUUUUGGUGAGGAAGGAAAAAUCCAUCUACCAUACUCUAAACAUGCUUAGCAUUGAUGUAACGAAAAAAUGUCUUGUAGCAGAGGGGUGGAGUCCCACUUUUGCAACAAAACAGAUUCAGGAUGCAUUGCAGCGGGCAACAUUUGACUCCAACUCACAAGUUGGAGCCAUUUUCCAGGUUUUGCAUACGAUAGAGUCGCCACCAACUUAUUUCCGCACAAACAAAUUUACUUCUGCUUUUCAGAAAUUGUUGAUGCAUAUGGCUUAG